GCGCUCUCGAUCCCAAAAUGUGCUCUCAUCGGGAGGGACAAGCAUGGUCAUCGGGGUGUCUGUGGAAGAAGCUACCGUUGACUCCACCCAUCCGCAUCAUCACGACAGACGUUCCACAGCCUUUGCGAGUCCUGAAACAGCGAAGUCACGCCCACGUGCAUCAACGCUAACCAUUCCAGUCAGUAAUUCACCCAACAGCAAUUGGAUGUCGAAGGCGAAGGAGUUCACGCAAAGAAUCAGACGAAAAAGCAACAUAGGCCUGCCGACCGAGCAACCAUGAGUUAUAUGUAUGUCACGAUUGUGCCUGCAUUAUGUUUUGACCCGGUGCACUGGAUAUUCGUCGAACCCCACCUUCAUGCAGAUCUAAUGAUUGAGAAUGGAUGAGUGGAUCCGAAUUGUUGCCACGCUGAGGUCCGCGUUGGCCUAGGGAUUUAUGCAAUAUUUUACCAUCCAUCAGACUCUGUAUCUAAUUUUUCUUCAUGUACAUGUGUUAUCGAGGGGAGGUCCCCGGAUAUUAAAUCAUAUUAUCCUAUAAACUG